ACGAACUACAACAAGACAAGGAAAAAGAACAGCAAAUGUUUGGAUACCUGUGCUACGUGUUUCGCUCCAGAAAUCUGAAUUAAAUAAUCUGUUCAGCAAAGUACUUUCUCGUUCAUACGGUCAGGUUUUGUAAGAAGAUUUACCUAACAGAGUGUCCAACAAGCGUGGAAUGUGUAAAGGUGCCUUUCUAGGAUUGUCGAACAAAGGCUUAUUCUAGUUUGCAUAGUGACGAGUGAGGUUAUCAUUUUCAUAGAAAUUCAAACUAUUUCACUAUUUCAAACAAUAUUAAACAUGAAUGGAUUAUCCUUACGCAUUUCCAAUGUAAGAGCGAACGAAAAUGUGAAAAAGAAUUCCGAAAUCCGAAUGGAUCUUUUCCAAGUGCCUUCAGUAUAUUUAACAACAGAUAACUCUUACCUAAGCCAGUUAAAUUCAUCGGAAACUAUAGAGGGUCAAGUUAAAGUACUGAAAGAGUACUCGUCGUUUGUGGUGGGACUGGAGGAUUCAUUAAAGUUACAUGUACAAACACUGGCCAAUUUGUUCAUGGAAGCACCACUAAAGCAUGCCGUUCGAAACACAAUAGCUCGUUCUUUGAGCAACUUAAGUGCCAGCCGUGAAAUCGUAGCGACAAGCAUUGCAAACAGCAUAAAAGCACGCAUCGAGCAGGAUUCAAGUGGCUCAAGCGAGCCUACACGACGAAAUACAACCAUUUGCAACAUCGGAAGCUGUUUUGAAAACUUCAAGGUGGGUUGUGAAGCGGUUCGUCUCAGUUUGCAGCAACUAUUUCAAUUUCUGAACAAAUCCGUCAUGGUUUAUCUUGAACGUAUGAAUGAACAUGUUUCUCCAUCGGACAAAAGCGAGCUGUGUUUGUUCAUUCAUUCUGCGAUCAGAAUCGUCAUAUCGUGCUUUCAGCAAUUCCCCGACCAAUUAAAAGCAUCUUACGAAGGUGAAAAAAAUGUAGAAAAGCUAGUGCUGAUUUGCUGGGACCUGUUGGAAAACCCUGAAAUACCGAUGGAUACGAAAACAAACUGUGGCAUUCUGAUAGCCAUGAACGCAAAUUUAGAAAAGCGAUUCUUACGGCUGGCACAACGGGUGUUCGACGAGGAUAGCUCAGCUAAACAAAUGUGUCUGGUGAAUGGGAUUAUCUGCACGAUAGAAAAUGAACAUUUUGCUGGUCCGGAUUGGAAGGGCAUAGAAGUUCUCCAUCAAGCAGCGACGGUUUUAAAGGAAAUUUCCGAAGAAAACUCUGUGGAAGUAAGUAUUGUGCUUGGGACGACGCGCGGCUUUUUUCAGAUGACUAAACGUCUGCUAAGUCUCAAGCUCGAUGGUUACAAAACCACAGAACGGAAGGAACUUGUCGACAUACUGGCAAUUAACCUGCGCUACUCUUUAUCCCAUCUGGAUCAUUAUGUCGACAGCAUACGACAUAUAUCUCGAGAUUUGCUGAAGUGUACCAUACAGCUUGGAACGAGGCUAGAUGACACUUUGAAUGGCAUAAUUUAUGAUUACAUUCGUAAUGGAGCAAUUAACAUCAACACGAAGUGCGUGUUGAUCGGUGCAAUAUCUUCAAUUCUGAAGGCAAAGGAGGUGCUACGUGCCAUUCCAGAUGUUCCAGAGUUUUUACUGCGCUCGCUCACCCGUAAUGAUCAUGCAAAUACAAAUUUGCACAUUAAUAACUGUUACGAAUCACUCAUGAUGUCUUACUCUUAUGAAGAGAACAAACAGGAAUGGUUUAAUCGAUGGAUCAACCCAAUCCUGACAGAAAUAACAAAGGGUGGUCGUGAUGGAACUAUUAGUGGAGUUAACGAAACGGUUGAAAUAGACGUAACAACUUCGCAUGAGGCAGUUGAUGGUACCAAUGAUGGAAACAGUGGUAAUGAUGUGCGAGAAACGUUGCAUGAUUUAAUAAGGAAGGCGAUACGAGCGUAUCCGGCAAUCGCCAUAUACAUGAUAGACAGCAAAAUCGGUAUAAGCUUCGGUUUAAUACUGUCCUCAUUAGGCAUUGCUCGUAAAAACGGGCUUUUCGAUACAGUUCAGUCGACAGAAGUGAUGUGGAAAAAUCUGCUUUCCUACUCCGAUAUACGACAGGCAAUGAUAUCGGCCGACGAUUCUACCCGUAUGUCCGCCUUGUACCUGAUAACAGAGUGCCACAAGAGCACGGAAAUAUUCACGAAACAAGAACUGGAAUGUAUUCUAUUUUUCUUGGAAACGAACAUAAAUGUCCAAGCAGCUUCACUGCGGCAAAAAAUCACAUCAUGCAUGAAAAGCGCACUAAAUCGCCUGCGUUCAGGAUUUUUGAGCAUCAUAAAGAAAUCGGACAUCGAUGGAAAAAGUCAUUAUUAUUACGAGUUUGUAAAACGGCUUCAUGAGUUCUGUAUAGACAACCAGUUCAUCGGUGCGAACUACAGUAGACGAGCGAUUUCGUUCCAAAUUCUGCUGCAAUUAUUGCAAAUUUCAUCUUACAUUUUCUACGACGACGAGAACACUAGCAUGUGGAAUGAAAGGCAGGUGCGUAUCCUGCUUACGGCGCUGAACGACAGUUACGAGUCAAACAAACAUUACUCAUUGAAAGUGCUAUCCUUUUGUCCAAAACAAUUCAUUGCACAAUUCAAUAACGAACUGAACUACGAAGUCACCCGUACUCUCAUGAUAAGCCCGCGGCCAAACGAUUCCCUCUCGGCCGCAUAUUACCUUGAAUAUCUCUGCUUCGUAAACAACACAAUCGAAGUUCCCCGGCUAGAGAUGGAUCCAGCAAACUGCAGCGUCGCCGCAAAAGUAUACCAAUGCUUUCUGUGGUGCGAAGAAAUUCUUAUGCAAGGAUUCAGAUUGGCAAGCCACUCGCUUGUACGUGCUUCUCGUGAGAAUCCAAUGUUUGGAGCAUUAAUUUGCAUUCGCCAUUUGCUGAGCAAAUUGGACUUCAAGGACCUCUCAGAAGAUGAGUGUUGGCGAACGUCAAUUACUCGUUUAAUUAGUACUUGUGACAGUAUAGCAAAAGUUGUAUCAGUUGUAACAAACAAUUCUUCCCCUGAAGGAACAUUUUUGGAAGAUUUUUUAGAACGAAACCUUAAUGAAUGUGCUGACAUCGAAAUGGGCGACGAGAAUGUAGUACAGCCAUGUGAUAAUGUCAACAGUGUCGCUUCAAAUGCAAUGCAAGAAGAAUCAGGCGAUGGGGCGAAACGUGAAACAACACCCCAAAUGAUUUUACUUUGCUCUUGGCGAACGAUAAAGGAAAUAUCGUUGAUACUAGGUGACAUCGCAUCCCGUUCACCAAUCAUUAACGCCGAAAGUACCGUAUUUCAGAACGAGAAUAACGGACUCUUAACUUGCCAGCAAAUUUUAGGUAUUGGAAAUCAGUUCAUAGAACUACUUUCAGAGACGAAGCAUAGGGGCGCUUUUGAGCAAGCAUAUAUAGGGUUUUCCAAAAUAUGUUUACGGCUUUGGGGGUCGCCACACACUGAACUUCAUCAGCUCCCAAUGCGCUGGAUCAAAGAGUUGAUUAACGCCAUUGCUGGAAACGUCAGUACCGUACCACCGCUUGUUCACAAAGAAGUUGUUGAAAUCAACUUGGAUAAAUUAUGUGUUACUCGUCGCAGUGCGGGCAUACCUUUUAUUAUCCAAGCUCUGAUCACCUCAGAGCUACAAGUGAGCUCUACGAAAGGGCUGCAGUUUUGCAUGAAAACCUUACUCGAGCUUUGUCGCUCAUGUACUACAAGUAGUCAGACGCGCACCCAUUCGCUCAAUAUAUUACGUUCGUUGUUCAGAUCCACCGAUUUGGGCGAAACAGUAGGAGAAUUCGUCUCGGAAGGAAUUAUGUGCGCUAUUAACGGUUACGAAGCUGAGUCAUGGUCGGAACGUAACUCAUCGACCUUGUUAUUCUCCGCCUUGAUGGUUCGUGUUUUCGGAGUACAAAGGACAAAGGAUUCGGAGAAUUUAAACAUUCGCAAUAAAAUGACUGGAAGAAUAUUUUUCUUACGAUAUCCCAUGCUGUAUGAUUAUUUUGUGCUCGAACUAGAAAAGGCUAGUAAAAUUAUAAUUCAGGGCAGUAGAAGCAAAAAGCUACAUCCCCUAUUACUGCUUUUGAGCCGGCUUUAUCCAUCGGCCCUGGAGGGUAGUGAGUCAAACCUGAAACUUUCGAGAUUCGUUCCUCUAGUAUCUAUUUGUUCCGGUUGUGCAGAACUACAAACUCGUUACUUAGCGGCAAAGAUAAUAUCUAUCAUCGUUUCUCCGGAUCUUAUGUUUGAUCGCAUUUGUUUAUUAUUGGAAAGUUUAAAUCGUUCCAAUAAUCGCAAUGUGAAUCCUAACUCGUUGCACGGAGCAUUGUUGCAGAUUUUAUGCCUUAUAAAAACGAAAAAUCCCGGCUUAGUGGCUGCAGCAACAUCGAGCGGACAGCUGAAUAAUUGGAUUGAGCUGUACACAGCUAUUUCUAAUUAUCUGUUCGAGGUGAAACCCAAUUUUAUUAUUUACAGCACCAUAUUGGAUAUAUUGCUGGAAAUUUUGGCAAGGUGCCAACAUAUAAUCAUCGCAGAAGAUGACCAGUUUAUAGACGAUCUGAGUAACAUUAUAGACUAUCUGCUGAAUCUGGCUCACCAUCGAACAUUCUACGGCGAACCGUUGGUAUUUCAAAAAAUAGUUCUGCUGAAGACAUUUAUGUAUCUAUAUAGUGAUGAUGAAGCAGCCAUUCGAAGCACACAAUGUUUCCUGUUGCGAAUUGAAUCAGAUGGUGAAAAGAAGCAAUCGCCAGAGUACAUACAAGCCAUGUUAAACACAAUAUUGCUAGUGCUGGAUAUUGAUCACAUUGGAAAGCACUGUGAAGAAUACGAUAUCACUCCUGUGGAGGUGUUUUACUUCCGCAAUAUUUGCGAACUUAAGCCGGAUCGGUUACGAUGGCUUAAGGCUGAACUGUUGCGUUCACAACAUUUCCACAGCUGUUUACGACGGCUCAUCUUGGAUGAAUGCCACAAACAACCGUACACAAUCCAGGUGAAGGCGUAUCUAGUGCUAAGUUAUAGUGGCGUGGCAGUGAGCAACGUAUUGCUGGACGGGAAAAGCGCCCGUGAAGCAAUACAGUCUAUCUUCAAGGUAGCAAACAGUAAACCCUAUCAACUGCGUAGUGCCAUGUUCCGCUGUUUAAAGCGUAUGCUACAAAACGAAUCGAAGGGCUCAAAUGAGUUCACGUUGAACGUUGAUUUUGUACCAACUCUUACUGCUGCAUAUCAAUCGAAACCCAUUAGGUUAACUGCAGUGGAGUGUUUGCAUAUAGUGGGCAGAAAAAUUUUCGAAGGAAAAUCGCUUAAUCAAUACAUAAGUUUCAGUUUUGCUCUAUUGAAUUUACUAAGUGACGAUGAUUCUAGUAUUCGUGCCAAAGCGUCAAUGGUCGUAAGCCAACUUCACCAAGUGGUCGAAAAAGUGAAACAAAAACCACUAGUAGCGACGUAUGCACAAAGUGCAUAUUUACGAUUACUGACCAAAACAAUGGUGGGUCAUAAGUUUACCAUAAAUCAGAUAGUAUCUGUUAUCAUCGUUAUAUGGAUAAUGAAAGAGCAGGAAGCGGAAGACGAAUCUCCAAAUAUUGACGAUAUAUCUGAAAUGAAAGUUUUCGACAAAAAUGAAGUAAAUAUCUACGGUGAGCUAGAAUUAGUUAGAGACUAUUGUAUAGCCGAGCUAAAACAUAUAGAAUCGAAUAAUACGGACUACACACUGGACAGCAAUAUAGAUAAAAUUCAAAAGAUUGUCGACAAGCAUCUGCAACAACCGACCUGUAUACGGGAGCUCUUAAAAUCAACCACAAAAAUAUCAUCUAGAUUCAUUGGAAUUGUUCUAUAAGAACAGACUCCGUUUCAUACUACAUUGUGUGCUGACUAAACAAAAAAAACUUUGUAAAAAAAUAAACAGCUAUAAAUGUGAAACCAAAGACGAAGUAAA